CUGAGCGGUGACUGGCGGGUUAACCGCCGGGGGGCGAGGCUCAGCACUGCAGGCGGAAGCGGUGUCCACAGAUCCCGGUGCUUCUGCGCGUCUCUCCGCUUCCUCCCGAGAUCCGCGGCCCCCGGCCAGGAGGGAGGCCAGGCGAGGUCAGUCCUUCUGGGAGCUCCACUUACAAGAGAGGCGUCCAGCAAGACUCUCCGGGGGAGUCAGUCGGCUGCACACCUCCAUGGGCCAGACGGCCCUGGCAGGGGGCGGUAGCAGCACCCCCACCCCGCAGGCCCUCUACCCUGACCUCUCUUGUCCGGAGGGCUUGGAGGAGCUCCUGUCGGCUCCCCCUCUUGAUCUGAGGGCCCAAAGGAACCACGGCUGGAACCCCAAGGACUGCUCCGAGAACAUUGUGGUCAAGGAAGGGGGUCUGUGCUUUGAGCGGCGGCCGGUGGCCCAGAGCACGGAUGGGGCACGGGGAAAGAGGGGCUACUCGCGGGGCCUGCACGCCUGGGAGAUCAGCUGGCCGCGGGAGCAGAGGGGCACUCACGCCGUGGUGGGCGUGGCCACGGCCAGCGCCCCACUUCAGGCUGACCACUAUGCGGCGCUGCUGGGCAGCAACAGCGAGUCGUGGGGUUGGGACAUCGGGCGAGGGAAGCUGUACCACCAGAGUAAGGGGUCUGACGCUCCGCGGUAUCCAGCCCGACCUCAGGGUGAGCAGCUGGUGGUGCCGGAGAGGCUGAUGGUGGUACUGGACAUGGAGGAGGGAACUCUGGGCUACGCUGUUGGGGGCACCUACCUGGGGCCAGCCUUCCGCGGACUGAAGGGCAGGACCCUCUAUCCCGCUGUAAGCGCAGUCUGGGGCCAAUGCCAGGUCCGCAUCCGCUACCUGGGCGAGAGGAGAGCGGAGCCACACUCCCUUCUGCACCUGAGCCGCCUGUGUGUGCGCCACACCCUGGGGGAUACCCGGCUUGGCCAAGUGUCUACUCUGCCCUUGCCCCUUGCCAUGAAGCGAUACCUGCUCUACCAGUGAUACCACCCCAAUCCUGGAUCUAUAGAGCCAGUGAAGGCUGGGCGCUUUCUGCUCUGGGGAGCUCAACAGGACCACAGGCACCCAGACCAGCCUGGUGAGAAGAUAUUCCAGGCUGUACAAAGCUGGGUAUUCAAGAUCUUUUUCAAGUAAAAAUAAGGUGGGCUGGGGAUUUAGCUCAGUGGUACAGUGCCUGCCUAGCAAGCAUGAGGUCCUG